AUGGGAUGCAAGAUAACUCUGGAGCCAGAACUUCAUGGCUCGCUGCCUGCCGUCAGUCUGUCAGUCCGUCCGUCCGUCCGCCUGAACGCCAGCGGAGAGCAAAGCCCCGUGCAGGCUCCCGGCGUGGGGCGGAGGAAGGAAGGGGACAGGAGCUCGUCCUCGGAGGGGUCUGACCCCACUGCGGGCCGGGUCGGGGACGCGGGGGCACGCACAGUCCGAUUCCAAGGGAUGCCACAGCUCUGCCUCCCCCAGCCCGCCCGGAGCCGGCCGCCCCCGACGGGCGACGACCCCGGCGCGGGGGCAGCGCCGCCGCCAGACAAUAGGGAGGAGGGCGGGGCGCGGCCGCCCCACCGCGCCCACCCCGCGGGCGCCGUCCCCGUCGGGCCCGGCACGCCCGCCCCCGCUGGCCGGGAGCCGCCCCCGCCCCGGGGUGGCAGCGCCGUCCCGUCCCUACCGGAGGAGCGCCCGGCCCGCUCCCGGGGGAAGCGGGGGCGGGCGCAGGGCGCACCUCCCCGGGCAGCGGGGUCGCCCUCCCGCCUCCCGGCGCCGAGAGCCGCCCUCAGCGAGUCCCUACCUGCCGGCGCCGCUCCGCCUCGCCCCCUCAGCCCGCGCCGCCGCCCGCCCGCCGCCUGCGCUCACGGCCGCGCCGCCAUCUUGCGCUUCACAAACUACUGCACUUCUUUCGGGGCGGGGGGGCGGCGGAUGGGCCGGGAGCUCCCAACGCCGCGGCCGCCCGCGCCCUCGCCUCGCCCCGCGGCGCCCACUCGCAUCCUCCCGGCGCGGCGCUGCCCCGGGGCGGGAGCGCGGCGAGCGCGGACGGCGCGGCCGCUGCCUCAGCCGCCCUGGCAGCGAGCGGGGGCGGAGCCGCUCCCGCCGCCCCGCCCGUCAGGCGGCGGACACCGGGCGCGGGGGCUGCCCCGGCACCGCAGCGCCGCAGCCCGGGGGGCACCGGCGGCUCCUCGGCCGCCCGGGGAGGAGCGGGGGCGGCAGGGUCGGAGCUCCCGGGCGGCUGCCGCGCCCCCCGCAGCCGCUCCUCUGCUGGUAAACUUCGCCGGCUCCGGGCUCGGCCCUCCCGCCGUGCCCGGGACGAGCUGUACGGACAGCGUCGCCCCUAGCCCGGGAAGAGUUUAUCUGCCGCUCCCGCCCUGA